AGUUUGUGCAUAAGUACAUUAUCAUUAUAUGAUCUUCAAUUUGUACAUUUAUUUGACAUUAAUGUUAUAGGAAGAAAAAGAAACUAUAUAAUGCAUAAUUGGAGAAAAAAAGAAUCAAAACUUUAGUUAUAUAAAGAUUUUUUCUUUGUAUUUCCCUUAGGAUCCACAAAUUAUCAUAAACUACACUGUCCACGGGCGUGAGGAUUAUUGUAUAUUUGCAAAACAUAAUUACAUGGGAUAUUGUUACCUUGUUUGUGUUGAUCUUCUCUCAUAAAGAAAUGAACUCCUUGUUUAGAAAAUCCCCCUCUUUUUAUUCUCAACUUGACUUCACAAUUCCUGCUAUAAAACUAACCAAUAAAAUCAAACCACUACGGGUACCUUUCAAUAAACAAAUUAAAUAAAAUCAAACCUCUACAUUAAUUCAUUGACAGUUCUACUCUUCUCAUGGAAGAACAAGAACUCAACAACCAUAUUCAACCCGACCCGCUUCUGAAACCUGGAGCAUUCAUUGAUCCAUACCCAUUUUCGAAUAAUUAUACUCCCUGUAACCUGAACCCGGUCAAACGAAUGGGUGGUGGAGCAAGAAAUUCAAAUGGGAAGCCAUCAACCCCUGAUAAGGAAACUCUUGUGGGUCCUACACCUGAUUGGUUGCCGCCUGGUUGGAUUUGCAAGGAGCGUGUUAGGGCUUCCGGUGCUUCUGCUGGUGCUCGUGAUAAGUAUUACAUAGAUCCAGUAACACAGCGUAAAUUCAGGUCAAAGAAUGAAGUGCUCAACUAUCUCGAAACAGGAACGCCCAAGAAGAGAAGGAAUACAAAUUCUGAUGCUGAUCAUACUCCAGGGUCUGAGUCUAAGCGCAAGAAAUCCAAUACAAAAGUGAAAGAUGUCUCGAUGAAUCUUAAUUUUGAGGAUGUCCCGGAGAAGGUUACAUGUAAUCUGAGAAAUAACUAUGAAACGACAUGGACUACGUCGAUUAAAGGUGUUAAUUUUGUUCAACAGGAAUGGGCUGCAACUUUUACAUACCUCAACUUACAACAUAAUGGUGGAUCAGGAUUCAUUUGAGAAUCUUUUUUAGAAUGUUACAAAUACAUAAUUACUAACAAACCACAUAGUUGAAACAUGUCCUUAUGAAAUCUUUCGAAUUGCUUCCUUUUUGGAUUAAAUUUUGUGAAUACAAAAUAAUAGUUCAUGGUUCGUUUGGUUUCUUGGUCGGAAAACUAGUCACAAAACUCGA